AUGACGGACGCUGCCGCUCCAGCUGAGCCUGCGCAAGAGGCCGCCGCAAUUGCGAGGGACAAUGCUGAGGAUGCGGAAGCGGAACGAGCCGAGCAAGCCGAGCAGCCCGCUGCCGGUGCUGAUGCCGACAAGUCCAAGGAAAAACGCAAGUCAAUUGGCGCCGCCACCCCCAAGGGCAAGAAGCUCAACAAGAAGGCAUCCAAGCCGCGCAUGCUGCAUCUGGACGCCAAGCCAGGCGACCACUACUUUGUCAAGCUCAAGGGCCACCCGCAAUGGCCCGUCAUCAUCUGCGACGAGGACAUGCUCCCAGCAUCCCUGCUCAAGUCUCGGCCGGUCACGGCGAAGCGCGCCGAUGGCACGUACCGCGAGGACUACGCCGACGGUGGCAAGAACGUUGCUGACCGGACAUUCCCGGUCAUGUACUUGCACACCAACGAAUUUGGAUGGGUGCCAAACACCGAGCUCAUCGAGCUUGAUCCCGCGACAGUCCUGGACGUCAAGAUGGACAAGAUGAGGAAGACAUUGCAAGCUGCCCAUCGUCUCGCAGCUGAGAACCACCCUCUGUCGUACUACAAGGAGGUACUGCAGAAUUACCAGGAGGAGCUCAUUGAGCAGGAGAAGGCCAAGGCGGCAAAAGCAGCGACGCCCAAAGGCAAGAAGUCCAAGGCUGUCAGCGAAGAGGACGAAGACGUCGACAUGGAGGAUGCGGCCGAGGCCAGCGAGACGCCGGCCAAGGACAAGAAAGCCAACAAGAGGAAGGCCGAGGAGAGUGCCGAGACACCGCAACGCUCAGAGUCGGUGAAGAAGCCUAAGAUCAAGCUCACGACGAGCGCUACGCCCAAGGCGACCAACGGCGCCACCUCGACUCCGAAGUCUACCAAGGCCGCCGAAGCCAAGAGCGCAAAGGCCAAACCCAAGAAGAAGGAGGCUGAUGAGAAGAAAGAGGCGCCCGCUUCCAAGGAGCCAGAGCUCUCUGCGGAGGAGAGGCACCUAAGGAAAGAGAAAGAAGUGUUGUUCCUCCGGCACAAGCUGCAGAAGGGCCUCCUAACGAGGAACGUGGAGCCCAAGGACGAGGAGAUGAAGCUCAUGUCGGACUACAUCACGAAGCUCGAGGGGUUUCCCGACCUUGAAGUGAGCAUCAUCCGGGCAACCAAGAUAAACAAGGUCCUGAAGGCGCUCUUGAAGCUGGAGCACAUCCCGAAGGAGGAAGAGUUCAAGUUCAAGCCGCGCUCGCAGGCUCUCCUGGACAAAUGGACCAAGCUGCUGGCCUCCGACACGACGGCUGCUGAGUCCAAUGGAACGUCUAAGGGCGAGGCGAAGGCUAAUGGCGUCAAGGAGAGGAGCGAGCCAGAAGAGUCGGCGAAGGCCAAGGAGGGAGCUAAGGAAGAGUCAAAGGAGGCGCCAAAGGAGGGGUCCAAGGAGGAAUCUAAGGACGAGCCCAAAGAGGCUGACAAGUCAGGGGAGACGUCCAGGGCUGCGGAGACGCCAGCUGCCGAAGAGGUGAGGCCCUGA